CUGGGAUGGCGAGUUCGCGACAUGGGCGUCGGUCGGUGGGAAUUUAGCCGUCGUGGGGUGUCAUGGUCUGGAGGAGACGUGCUGGGAGUGAGCAACUGAGAGUUAGGAGGGGGGAAGAGUGCUUCGGCCACUAAGUAGUUAGGGAACGGUCUGUGUAUGAGAGACAGAAAGAAAGUUGAGGCGGAUCAGACAGCUGCUUCACUCCAUUCAUUCGAGUGAUUUUUACCUCCUUACCGACUUUGCGAAGUUUUGCCUCUGAAGCAGGCAAAACAUUGCGUUUGCAGAUCCUUUGUGCAAUCUGUAGUUUGAAGUUGGGGGGAAUGCGUGCCUGUCUGCACCCGUCUGAAACAUUUUUAAAGGAAGUAAAGUACUGUUAACGCACCUCAGAGGAAAAGGGUAAGAGGCUCGUGGAUAUCAAAGAGUGGUCUUGUCGGCUCGAAAGUGUUUCAACGGUUCCACGGGAAAGCUGUGGAAAGAACACAGGCUUUGUGGAACCAUGGACAGGGUUAAGGGAACUUUAAAGCGGCAGGAAAAUCAGAGAAAUUUCUGAUAGUCCACAUUGGUUUUGAGGUUUAUGAAAGAGGAAGGAUGCUUCAUGAUAUACGGAUGAUGAACUUCAGAAAAACACAAGAAAAGCAUGAGUAGGUCGGGUGUGGCCUCUCGACGAAACAAACCCCUUUCCAUAACUACUGAGUGUUGCAGUAUUUACUGUUUUUGUUUCAGAUUCAUAUUUGUAAUUUUUUAAAACUUCCGUGUAACCUAUCAAACCUAUUCCACCAUCAAGAUCAAGCUAUUCUGUGUCCAAAAUCCACUUACCUGCCGGAUUUUCUCAAAAAAAGAUCAAAUAUGUGUUGAUGUUGACUUUUCCCAAAAAAAUUACAAAACGGUUCAAUAAUUUAUAAACAUCUUCAUUGAAGUUGCAGGGAAGGAUCAGGCGUGAAUGAAGUCACAGUCCUAUUCCCAUUGAAAGGGUGAAUGGGCUUGAGGGGUGACUCAGCUGACUAGUCACAGGGCAACAAUUCCAUCCCAACUGGACUGGAAAUUCAAGAUCUCUGAUGUUGAGAUGGUUACCACUUUUAAGAUAUGCUGCCAACACUGGAUCAGUUGUGAAGAUUAACUACGUAAUUACUGAUGCUUAUUGAAGAACAAAAAGACAUGGGGCGUGUGUCCAAAUUUGAGGGUUCCAGCGAUAGUUCCAGGGGAAGUUCACGCAGCUCAACUCCUCCUCUCGAUACUGACCGGCUCAGGGAUAAGAUGAACCGCCGCAUUGAAUCCAGAGACACUUGGUUCUCCCUGGAAUUUUUCCCUCCACGGACAGCCAACGGGGCAGUUAAUCUGAUCUCCAGGUUUGAUCAUAUGGCCAUUGGUGGGCCACUCUUCAUUGAUGUCACCUGGCAUCCUGCUGGAGACCCAGGUAGUGACAAAGAAACUUCUUCCAUGACCAUUGCUAGCACAGCAGUUAAUUACUGUGGCCUGGAGACGUUGCUGCACCUAUCCUGCUGUAACCAAACCAAGGAUCAGAUCACAAAGCACCUGGAGAAAGCUCGUAGCCUUGGGCUGAAGAAUAUACUUGCACUUCGUGGUGAUCCUCUUGGUGAUGAAUGGAAAACUGAAAAGGGAGGAUUCAAUUACGCUAUUGACUUAGUCAAGCACAUUCGCUGCGAGUUUAAUGAGUACUUCGACAUCUGUGUUGCUGGUUACCCAACUGGGCACCCUGAGUGUGGCAGUUAUGAGGAAGAUCUCAGCCACCUGAAAGCAAAGGUAGAUGCUGGCUCAGAUUUCAUCAUCACCCAACUGUUCUUCAAACCUGAGACCUUCCUAAAAUUUUUAAAGGACUGUCGUACAAUUGGAAUUACUUGCCCCAUUUUGCCAGGAAUAUUUCCCAUUCAGAGUUAUCACUCAUUGCGACAGUUGGUCAAACUCUCCAAGCUGCAGGUUCCACAAGAAAUCAAAGACGUCAUUGAACCAAUAAAGGAUAAUGAUGAUGCUAUUAGAAAUUAUGGUAUUGACUUGGCCACUGACAUAUGCAGGGUUCUACUGAAAUCGGGACUGGUGCCAGGGCUCCACUUCUACACCCUGAACCGAGAGGUGGCAACCAUCGAGAUCCUGAAACGACUCAAACUGUGGACUGAGGACCCUAGGCGAGCCUUGCCCUGGAUCAUUAGUGCCAAUCCAAAGCGAAAGGUUGAGGAUGUCCGACCAAUAUUUUGGGCUUCAAGACCAAAGAGUUACAUCUACAGAACCCAGGAUUGGGAUGAAUUCCCAAAUGGAAGAUGGGGGAACUCGUCAUCUCCUGCAUUUGGUGAGUUGAAGGAUUACUACCUUUUCUAUCUGAAACAAAAGUGUCCCAAGGAGGAAUUGCUGAAGAUGUGGGGAGAAGAACUGGUAGAUGAUAGAAGUAUCUUUGACGUCUUCACAGCAUAUAUUAGCGGGAAGCCCAACAGCAGUGGGGUAAAGGUGACUUGUUUGCCCUGGAAUGACGAUGCCCUGGCACCAGAAACGUCCUUGAUGAAGGAUGAACUGGAGAAGGUGAACAAAAUGGGAAUUCUCACCAUUAACUCCCAGCCCAAUAUUAAUGCAAAACCUUCAACUGACCCUUAUGUGGGCUGGGGGCCUGAGGGAGGCUAUGUAUUUCAGAAGGCCUACCUGGAGUUUUUCACCUCCUCAGAAAAUAUAUCUCCUCUACUCAGAGUUCUGAAGAAGUACAAAAUGCGUGUGAACUACCAGAUUGUAAAUGUGAAGGGUGAGAAUAUAAAUAAUGCCUUUGACAUGCAACCAAUUGCUGUUACAUGGGGUAUCUUUCCCGGACGUGAGAUAAUUCAGCCCACGGUGGUUGAUCCUAUCAGCUUCAUGUACUGGAAGGAUGAAGCCUUUGCCCUAUGGAUUGAGCAAUGGGGGAAACUAUAUCCAACUGGCUGUCGCUCUCAACAGAUAAUUCAAGAUAUUCACGAUCACUACUACCUUGUCAAUCUUGUGGAUAAUGACUUUCCACUUGAGAACUGUCUUUGGCAGGUUAUUGAUGAUGUAUUUAAGUUAAAAGCAUCAGAAAAGACUCCUGGUUUUCCAGCUUGUGACUUGCCAGUGGAGCCAUGAAGUCGCAAUGUCCAGGACUACUUCACCAUCAAAUGGGCUGAUGAUUGGGGCCUUGUUAUGGGAAGGAUACAUCAUCCCAGCCCUUUGUCUGCAAACCAGGAAUUUCUUUAACUGAACAGAAUGGAUUUCUGAUAGUAUUUGGUGCAGUGUUUGCUGUGAUUCUUGUCACUUUGUACUGUGAACUUGCAGUAUUUGUACAGCUUUCAGUGGAAGGAUAGGAUUGAUAUGAUCUUAAUUCUGGUGAACCUUGUACUGCCGUUGUUCUAUGAGGGCAGAGUUCAAAAACUUGUCAUGUUUCAAAUGAUAAUCUUGCACAUGGAGGCAAAGGUGAGUAUGCAGAAAGAGUCUGUAAUUCUCACCUGAAGCCUGAUUGCUUUUGCUGUAUAUCCAGAGUUGUGUCAUUCAGUGUUCUCUAGACUAAUCAGAGCAGGCAAUUUUUAUAGCUACUUCACUUCCCCUUCCCAGUUAUCCACCUUUUGGAUGUUGCACUGUGUAAUAACUGAGACACUAAACAGAAAUGACACACCAAGAGAAAGGAAUAUGGAAAUAAUGCACAUGUCAGUGGUAGAUCAGACUAGUAAUGUGGCCAACACAACUUGGGCCCCUUCCAUUCAGUAAUGACCCUGAGCCAAUACUGUUGUCUCACUGUAAACCACUAUGAGGUUGAUGUGGUGAGGUCAAAGGGUAGGAGAGGUUUGAUUUGCAAGUCCCUCAGACAGAACUAACAGCUUACGGCCUUUUGGCACUCUGCCUUAGCUAUUCUGAUCUCUUCCCAUUUUCAUACUUGUCUUUCAGCAAGUGUCAAAAAGACAGUUUAAAAAUGUUUUUCCCCCAAUAUGCUAUGAACAUGUCAUGUAUUAUAUAUUCAGGUAUUAAAAAUGCCCCUUUAAACUGGUUUAAGCAUAGAUCAGAAACUGUCUUUAAUGAGUUGACCCUGUAAUGGCAAAGCAACCUUGCUGGCUGCAAAGGUGCAGUACAUUUCUAUUAAUAGGAAUACGUGAGAGUUUAGGGUCUCAGCAUAAGUAUGGCUGUGAAUCUGUGUAAUGUAAAAUGUUUCUCUUCAUGGAUUCUGGUAUCUCCCAUAUGUAGUAUCUAUUGGAAAUAAUCUGAGCAACUCCAGAUAAUGUGAAGAAUUACAUUGAUUGGGGCUACAGGAAGAACUCCCUCCUGUUCUUCCAGAUAGUCAUGGGAUUUGUUUUAUGUUCAUCUGUGAGUGUAGACACGAUUUCAAAACAGCAGUGAACUGCCAACUUAGAGCUCUGUGUUCAAGCCAUUGAAGAGGGAUAUAAAGUUGUUUGUAUCAGAAUGCUGAUAUUUAUCAACAAUGAAAUACUUGUAAAUGGGUGCUAUAUUUCUCUGAAUUAGAACAGAAACUUCACUUCAAAUAAUGUACAUGGGUGGCCAAGCACUUUUAACAAUUGAGAAAGAAAAUAACUGGACAGAAGCCUGGCAUUUGCUGAGGCUGUGUAUUCAAACAGGGUGGUGCUGUUCACAACCCAGUCAAUCUUGCAAAGCCCAACUACAAGCAGCAGUGAUGACAAAAGUAGAACAGCUAUCUUAAUACUGAUCAAGAUGCAGCCUGAUACUGAUGUACUCCUAGAACAAAAAUUAGGUGACAAUAUAUUGGAUUUCUGAGUCUCAGUACCAGAGAAAAUCCUGUCCCACUAACCCUACAGGGGUGGCACUAUUGUGGUAUUCAGCAGAAUCAGGUUUAUCAUCACUGACAUAUGUUAUGAAAUUUGCUUUGCAGUACCAGUACAUUGUAAUACAUAAAUUCCUCUGUUCCAACAGGAAUAUAAAUAUAUAAAUAAAUACUGAUAAUGAAACAAAAGGGAGCAAACUAGUGAGACAGUUUUCAUAAGCCAUUCAGAAAUCUGAUGGUGGAAGAGAAGAAGCUGUUUCUAAAAUGUUGAGUAGGUGUCUUCAGUCCCCUAGACCUCCUCCCUGAUGGUACUAAUGAGGAAUGAGGGGAGGGGUGGAACUCUUGUGUUCUGUA